AUGUUAGAUUACGACCUUGCUAUUCGUCAGGAUGAACCUGCUGCCAUUACCGAGCAAUCCACUAGGGAGCAGAAGGCGGCUUAUGAUAGAUGGGAAAAGGCGAAUCGCUUAUCACUUAUGCUAGUCAAGAAUACAAUCCACCUCAGCAUCCGAGGAGCGAUUCCUAAUUCUGACAAGGUGAAGGAAUACCUCAAAUCUGUAGAGGAUCAUUUCAAGGGAUCAUCGAAGGCGCUGGCAAGUAAUUUGAUGCUGCAAAUGCUUACUCUGAAAUAUGAUGGUAGUAGUGGUGUUCGUGAGCACAUCAUGAAAAUGACUGACAUGGCUAAUAAGCUUAAGAGCCUUGAAAUGGAAGUGUCGGAUAACUUUCUUGUGCAUUUCAUCAUGACAUCCUUACCUGCUCGUUUUGACACCUUCAAAGUGAAUUACAAUGCUAUGAAGGAUAAGUGGUCAACGAGUGAUCUAAUUUCGAUGUGUGUGCAAGAGGAGGAACGCCUCAAACUGGCAUAG